UCUAGACUCUGUUGAGGGUUCCAAAUCAACCAACGGCUCUUUUUGAAAUCCCAGAUUCCGAUAAAAGUUUCUCUCUUUUCUGGGACUAUUGUUUUCGUUGAAUCACUCUUUGAUUUGCGUAGUUGGGAGAAUUGAAUUGCGAGAGAAGUUCAGGGAUCUGGAUCUGGGUUUUUAUGGGUUUGUAGGUUUUGGCUAGUUAUAGUUGUGAGAAGGAGGGGUUGUUUGCGUCUGAUUCAAAGCAGUUCGAGGUGGAACGAAUUCCACAGAUUUGAAAGAAAACGAGAUUCUCCUUUUCCGAAGCAGGUCGGGGAAGCGAAGUUUCGUCGUCUUCUGUUUGUCUUUCUGUAUUAUUCAUAGGAGCAGUUGACAAGGCUUCGGUGAUGUGUAGUUUUUCUGGAAAGAUGCACCAAGAUCAGCCGAAGAAGGAUCUGAAGGAGAUCAACUUUUUCACCGAGUAUGGGGAUGCCAACAGAUACAAAAUUCUUGAAGUCGUAGGAAAGGGAAGCUAUGGAGUUGUAUGUGCAGCUAUUGACACACAUACUGGUGAAAAAGUCGCUAUAAAAAAAAUACAGGAUAUUUUUGAGCACACGUCUGAUGCUAUUCGGAUAUUGCGUGAAAUCAAAUUGCUCAGACUUUUAAGGCAUCCUGAUAUUGUUGAAAUUAAGCGCAUAAUGUUGCCACCCUCGAAGAGGGAAUUCAGGGAUAUAUUUGUUGUUUUUGAGCUCAUGGAAUCUGAUCUUCAUCAAGUCAUAAAAGCGAAUGAUGACUUGACCAGGGAACAUCACCAGUUCUUUCUCUAUCAGAUGUUACGCGCAUUGAAAUAUAUGCAUACAGCAAAUGUGUACCAUCGAGAUCUUAAACCGAAAAAUAUAUUAGCAAAUGCAAAUUGCAAGCUCAAAGUUUGUGACUUUGGACUAGCAAGAGUAGCAUUUAGUGAUACCCCAACAACUGUUUUUUGGACGGAUUAUGUUGCCACAAGAUGGUAUAGGGCUCCAGAACUCUGUGGAUCUUUCUUUUCUAAGUAUACUCCUGCAAUUGAUAUAUGGGGUACGGGGUGUAUCUUUGCUGAGGUAUUGACAGGGAAACCAUUGUUUCCUGGAAAGAGUGUUGUUCAUCAAUUAGAAUUGAUAACUGAUCUUCUUGGGAUUCCUUCAUCUGAGACCAUUGCUGGGGUUCGAAAUGACAAGGCCAGGAAAUAUCUUAGUGAAAUGAGGAAAAAACCACCAGUUCCAUUUGCUGAGAGAUUUCCUAAUGUAGAUCCUUUGGCACUCAGGUUGUUGAAAAGAUUACUAGCCUUCGAUCCAAAGGAUCGGCCAACUGCUGAGGAGGCAUUGGCUGAUCCAUACUUUAAGGGCUUGGCCAAAUUGGAGAGAGAACCUUCAUGUCAGCCAAUCUCCAAGUUGGAAUUUGAGUUUGAAAGGCGAAGGGUCACAAAGGAGGACAUUAGGGAACUAAUUUACAGGGAAAUACUAGAAUAUCACCCUCAGCUGCUCAAAGACUACAUGAAUGGAACUGAAGGCGCAAAUUUUCUCUAUCCCAGUGCCAUAGGUCAAUUCAGAAAGCAGUUUGCAUAUCUUGAAGAAGUUGGUGGCAGAAGUGUGCCAGUUAUUCCUCCGGAGAGGAAGCAUGUUUCCCUUCCUCGGUCUACUGUUCACUCAAGGAUAAUUCCUACUAAUGCACAUCUGAAUUCAUCUUCAUCCGAACGCCAGCAAGUUGCAGAAGAAGGUUCGAAAAAUCUCAUAGUAACUAGUUCUGUUGCUGGAAAUCCUUCAAAGGUUUUGCGUCCUCCCCCUGGAGUCCCAACAGCAAAACCAAGAAGAGUUGGUGGAUCAGUUUUGCCUUCUGAUAACGAUGCAACCAUGAAUGGUUCCUAUAGUCCAAGUAUUGUAUACAGAAGUGCUGUCCUUGCUCCGCAGACUGUCCAUCCACACUGUUACUUCAAGACCAACACUGCUAGUCAGGAGAAAUCUGGUUUUGAUGCUGGAACUAAUUCUAUGUUGGGAAAACCACAAAAUUCACAGUGCAAGAUGGCAGCAAAACCAGUUGCUACCACGGCUGUGGACAUGAACCCAAACCCAUAUCACCAACCACAAUCCAAGGCAGAUCAGUUAAAUGAUCGAAUUCCAAUCGAUGCUAAGCUUCUGCAGGCGCAAUCUCAGUUUGGUGCAGUUGGGGCUGCAGCAGUUGCUGUGGUUUCUCACCGGAAUUUGGGAGCUGUUCAACGUGGACAGUCUGAGAGGGCAUGUGUUAUUUAGUAGAAGUUAGGUGAACUAGUCAUUUUUUCACGGCAAGAAUUGGAGGGGGAGAUGGGCCGGGGAACUUGGUGCGUGUGUUGUCAGAAAUUUUUUUUAGGUUUGUCUAACUUUUCAGUUUCUAUGGAGUCCCUGUAAUUAAAUGAUGUUAGUACACUGAAUUGGCUGAAUAAAGAAGUGUGUUUUGUCA